GAAAGUCACGCACCGAGUACAUUGAGUCGGUAAACCGGUUAAAACAAGUGGCGAUUCACAUCCUGUCAGUUAGAAUCUCCAAAGGAAUAUUUGCUCAGUUCCAGAGUAAGUGUGACACUGAAGACUUAUCACCAUGAAGGCCACAUCUUGGACAAGAAAGGGUUUCCUCGCCAUCUUCCUCUUUCUGACGGUCCUUGCCUCGAUCUUUGUGCUACGUCACAUAGAAGUGAAACGCUUGCACUAUCAGCCUCAAGUCAACGCCACCAUCAUCAUGCCGAGAGUCUCCCCUCAUCAUAUCGUUAAUCGCAGCUUCUGCACCUUCCAGCCGCUGUCCCCCCAGGACGCUUUGGAGGAACGUCUCAUACUAGACUCCAUUGCUUGGCCUGCAACUCCAGUUUUGCCAUCUCCUAUUUCCUUGGAGCAGACCACUGAUCCAGCCCACAGCACCUUCACCAUUCUCCCAGGGAGGAAAGGGGGGCAGUGGCAUGUCGGGGACCAGCUGGAGGUUAUGAUACAAACCUUUGACUUCCAGGGUCGUCCCAAGAAGUCUGGGGGUGACUUCAUACUCGCCACUCUGCAAAGCCGGAAGCUUGAAGCAGGUGUGGCCGGGCAACUUGUGGAUCAUCAGAAUGGGAGCUACUCUGCUGUGUUCUCUUUACUCUGGGAAGGAGACGCACAGGUUGAGGUGACUCUGGUUCAUCCUAGUGAAGCUGUCACAGUGCUGGACAGGCUGAACAGAGAACAGCCUGACAGGAUUUACUUCAAGAGCCUCUACCGCUCAGGCUCAGUCUCUGAAACCACCAUCUGUAACGUCUGCCUCCGGCCAACCCAACAGCCGGUGUGUAACUACACUGAUCUCCAUGUAGGCGAGCCUUGGUUCUGCUACAAGCCAAAGAAACUGAGCUGUGAUACCAGGAUCAACCACUUCAAGGGAGGAUUCAAACAAAACCUCAAGGUCAAGGAGGAGAAGCUCUUUCAGAGUGGUGUGAACAUGAAAGUAUCCAUUCAGGCUACAGGAUCUUCCAUUGCCACUGUGUUGUCGAAAAAGGAAGGUCAACUGAAGUUGAAGACAAGCUCUGGGACAUCUGUACCAUCUGGUUAUUACUACCAGGGCGUUUGGUGGACACUAGGAGGCACCACAAUAUCCCAAUUCAACCGGUCUGCAAUCACCCAGUGUCUGAAAGGCAAAGUCGUCCACAUGUAUGGAGACUCCACAAUCAGGCAGUGGUUUGAAUUCCUCAACGCAGCUCUACCCGGUCUUAAGGAGUUUGACUUACACAGCCGGAGACAAGUUGGACCUUUUAUGUCCUUAGACUAUGAAAACAACAUCUUGGUGACGUACCGCUGCCAUGGUCCUCCUAUCCGCUUUGGCCUCAUCCCAACUAGAGAGCUUCGUUACAUUGCUAAUGAGAUAGACGACUUGAUCGGAGGCCCCAACACUGUUGUAGUCGUUGGCAUCUGGUCUCACCUCGGCACUUACCCCAUUGAGAUCUACAUCAGGAGACUACAGAGCAUCCGUAGGGCGGUGGUGCAGCUGCUGGACAGGGCUCCAGGCACGCUGGUCAUCAUACGGACAGCAAAUGUCAAAGCUUUGACACUUUAUGAGACAAUUACCAACAGCGACUGGUAUUCACUGCAGCGUGAUAAGGUGCUCAGAGCAAUGUUCAAAGGACUGAAAGUUCAUCUGAUUGAUGCCUGGGAAAUGACCCUGGCCCACCACCUGCCGCAUAACCUCCACCCACUACCUCCCAUUAUUAAGAAUAUGAUAGACCAUCUAUUGUCCUAUAUAUGUCCUCAUAAGGGCGGCUAGGUGUAUGUCCUGGUGGGAGAGGAAUGUUUAUUUGUUUUCUGAGUUUCAACCAACUGCUUAAUUUUUCCUUCAUACUCCGAUAAGAGUAACAAUACAUUUGUUUAAAAACCUGACUUUCGAGAUGGUUUGUGUUUGUAAAAUUGAAAUACGGUUUAGUGUGAGUGGACAGAUGGUCUGUGAGCUCUUGAACUGAGACUUGCUGUUCCUGUAAUAAACAGAUGUUCAGGAUGA